GUCUUUCCUUUGCAUGCUGGACUCUACACCUGCAGACCCGGUUCUGAUCCCUCCUCAGAUGGUUUAGUGCAUCUCAGUGUUUUAACCACUUCACGGGAUGAGGUCACAUUAGAGUGUUCCCUACACAGAUACAGUGGGUUGGAUCUUUGUCCAGAGAACAGUUUCCGCUGGUUGGAUGAAACAGGAACUGAACCGACUGAAGACGUUUGGUUCGAGUUAAGAGGACCAAGAAUGUGUGUUUCCUCUCUAACUGUGAAGGAUCAGAGCGACUCCCACAGAAACUACACCUGCCAGUUUGUUGAAGGAAACAGAGUGAGAGUUGAAGAUCGCUUCACAAUGAAAGGGCCUAUAGUGAUCAGGUUAAUAGGACCUAUCGUACAACAAAUCUCUCUCUACCACAAACCUGGAGAUGAAGCUGUUCUAUCCUGUUUAUCAUCCGACUCGUGUUCCUCUGUUGACUGGAGUUAUGAGAGAAACAACGACAGGAAACAGGAAGUUCAUGAAGGAAUAGUUCAGAGUUCAUCUCGUUCUGCCAGGCUGAGUUUGGACAGAAACUGUUCUCUGAUCAUCAACAACAUUGCAGCUGAAGAUGCUGGACGUUACAGAUGUCAGCCUGAAGAUGGAGGAAACUUUGAAAUAGAAACGUCUCUAAACUUGCUGAUCAUCUCUUCAUCUCCACCUGAUGUUGAUCCAACAAAGAAUGAAGACGUCACAUUAUCUUGUUCUCUGUUGACAUCCAAGUCUUUGGAUUCAUGUCCAGAUAAAAGUCUCCUCUGGUUGAACGAGUCAGGAUCUGUGCUGCUUGAUGAAGGUGAUGGGUUCAAGUUUUGGGGUCAGACUGGUUGUGUUUCUUAUCUGACUGUGAAUCUUCAGAGCAGCAGAAGAUUCACCUGCCAGUUUGUUGAAGAAAAAACAGUGAAGAUAGAAACUCACUACCAAUAUGAAGGCCCCCCCGCCUCGUCUCCUCUGAGCUUCAUCAUGUCGACUCUGAAGAUCACAGGACUGAUCCUGAUGGUUGGAGUCACUGUUGGUAUCAUCAGAACCAGAGGAAGAAAAAAGCCUCAGAAAGACAUUAAUGUCCGUUUUGCUGCUGAUGACGACGCAGUGAGCUUUGAAAAUGUUGGAGAACGUUCUGCUCUCCACUGAGCUCCAACACAUCCAAGAUGAUUCAUUAAAAAGCUUCAUUUUAACUGUAAACCAGCCCAAAAGAAUAUUUUGCUCUGAGUUUUCUGCAUGUGGGUAGCAAUUUUGUGUUAAAUUUAGUGUUCAUUAAAAGCAUCAUAGAUAAGAUAAAAGCUGAUUGUUUAGUCUAGAAUAGUUUGGCAUACGAUGCUUUAAAUGUGUUGUUUGUUUGGUGUAAAUAAAGGAUUUGUCACAUAUUUUGUCGUAUUUCGAAGAACUUGUUCUUUAUAAAAGGAAGUGGUGUCGAGCAUGAGGGAUUUGCUGGUCACUCAUUGGUUAAUGUCCAGGAAGUUGGAGGAGAGAA